AAUGUUGCAUUUCCUGACUCGAGUUGUAUUGUUGUGAAUAGUUGAUAUAUUUCAGAAAUAUUUAAAGAUCUGUAUACAGUUUAAUAUGCGUUUCAAAUAUUUGUUACACAUUUACAUUAGUUACUAGAUCUAAUUAAAGGUUUUAAUUAGCAUAAAUUUGUUUCAGUACAAUUGUAUUGUAGGUCUAGAAAUAAUUAGGAACAUAUCCCACUGCAUUGGGAUAGUUGGGAGAGGCAACAAGUCCUGUUCCGAUUGACGAAAAUAGCUGUGCUCUGUGUAAUGAAUGAUAGGCUACCAUGAGCAUGAGCAGCAUAACAAACACUGAAGACUCAUUUCACUUCCAUGACCAGUCUCCAGUGUCCCUCCCUCCCUUACAAUCUCAGUUGGAUAGUGGCACUCAUGCCAGAUUCUAUCCCACCUCACAUCAUCAGGAUAUUGACCCAGGGAAUAUGGAUUACAUGCAAGAAGACCCAUACUCCUCUCACAGAUUUGCUCCACAUGACCCUUAUUACAGUGGUGGAAGUGGUGGUGGGGGUGGAUAUGAAGGAAACUAUGGUAACAACACAUCAUUUGAGAGAAUGAGUGAGCAUUCAAUCCAUAGUGACAGAAACAGAAUGGUGAAGAAUUAUGCAGAAAUACCCAAUGGUGGCCCUUAUGGAAGCAGUAACAACAUUUACAGAUCUGACCAGCAGCUGAGAGCUUCCCCACUACCUGCCAGGUCUUUAGAUCCCAACGAUUAUGCCCAUCAUGGUAGUGGCGAUGUGGAGGGAAGAGAUUAUGAGCGGGAGGCACCACACAAUUACUUAUCAUAUGAUUACUAUGAUGAUGGGGACACACCAUCUGUAGUUAAUCCAGGUUAUGUUGAAGAAAACCCUCGCUCAUAUGAUCAUGUCCCAUCACAUCCCUCCCACCAUUUUGAUGAUGAGGAAUUGCAUGCUGGCUUUGGGCAAAGAGAUAUCUCCUAUCAAGGCAGUCAUAGCAGUUUUCAUGGAACAUCUGGGGUGGAUCCUCACUUAAGUGGUAACUACAAUGAUCCAUAUGGGGAUCCUAGAGACCAUUACCAGGAGGAACCACCCAGGUACAAUGGUGGAGUUCACUAUCCUGAGGAUUCCUAUGGUGGGCAAGGACCUGACUACAUUGAUCAAAGGGGAGGCUAUGAUGAUGAUCCUCAGGGCUACCACGAUGAUCCACAGGGCUACCAUGAUGAUCCACAGGGCUACCAUGAUGAUCUUGAGCCUCCGAGACCAGAAGACUAUAGAGAUAUCCACAAUAGAUCAAGAAAUUCUCACGAUGAGCCUUACUUGGACUCAUUUCAGCCACCCCCCAGCCAUCCACAUCACCAAAAUACAUCUUUUCAUGACCUAAGACAUGAUUCAUUUCAAGAGCCAUAUGAUGUGCACCCUCCUCCACAACAUCACAGUCAGUAUCUAGAGCAUGAUAGAUACUCAGAUGCCUCUCAAGAGCAUCAGCAAAACUUUGAACCACCAGGGAAUGGUUAUGAUGAUGAGAAUGAUCAACAGCGCAGAUAUGAUGGAUUACCUUUAGUAAGACAGCAUCCUUUUGCUGAUGAUCCAUUCCAAGAACAGAACAGCAGAGAAGCAAAACAUAUUCUUCAGGAAGACCCAUACUAUCGUGGUCAAUCCCCAGCUGGAGGUCCAGAACCUGUCCCAUAUGAUGUAAGAGGACCAGUACGUGAUGACCAUGAUUUGUCUUAUGAUGAAAGAGAUGGGCCAGAUCCAUAUUCACAGAAUGUUCUUGGAUAUAAUGAUUACCCACCAGAGGAUCCAUACUUAAGUGAAGCAAGCACAGUUAGACGGAUGGAGCGACUCACUCUUGGAGCCCCUCCUGAAGGGCAUCAUACACCAUCUAUAGAUGGCAGAGGCCUUUCUCACUCAAUGCGCCAACCAGAUCUACAGGAAGUGAUAGACUUUCUUAGUUCACCUGAUGACAGCACCAAAGCUAGUGCUGCAGCACAUUUGCAGCAUCUGGUGUAUAUGGAUGAUGCAAUGAAAGCAAAAACCAGGAGUAUUGGAGGUAUCCGACCUUUAAUUCGACUCUUGAGCCAUGACCUGGUAGAAGUACAUAAGAAUGCUUGUGGUGCCUUGCAAAAUCUUUCUUAUGGCAAAAACAACAAUGAUAACAAGAGAGCAAUCAAAAAUGAAAACGGCAUUCCAGAAUUAAUCAGAUUGUUGAGAAAGACAGACCAAGAGGAUGUAAAAGAAUCUGUUACUGGAGUGUUAUGGAACCUUUCAUCAUGUGAUGACCUGAAGCAAUCAAUAAUUGAUGAUGGCUUGGCUGUGCUGGUCAACUCAGUCAUCCUAAAAUGUUCCAGCAGAAGUCCAAUCAACCCGUCACCUAAUGAGCUUCCCUGGACAACUGUUUGUAGAAAUACCACAGGAAUUUUAAGAAAUGUUAGUUCAGCUGGAUUGAAUGCAAGAAAAAGAUUGAGAGAGUGUGAAGGUCUGGUCAAUGCAUUGAUAAACAUUUUAAAAAUGGCAGCUGACAAUAUGUCCACUAAUGACAUUGAUAACAAGGUGGUGGAAAACACUGUCUGCAUUUUACGCAAUUUGUCUUACCGAAUUCAAGAAGUUGUGGAUCCAGAUUUCUUUAAGAACAGAACUUUACCCAGGCAGCAGAAUCAAGGGAAAGGAAAAUCUGGGAAAGACAGCAAUGCAGGAUGUUUUGGAAACAAAUCUACAAAAGCCAAAGCUGCACAAGGGGGCAAGACCAGUAACCAGCCAAGCAGUGCCCCACCUCAGUUACCAGCAGCUUCAGUCCAAUACCGCUCUCUUUGGGGAUCAGAGAUUCACACAUUAUACUCUACUGUUUUAAAACGUUGUACUAAUCCUAUCACUAUGGAGGCGGCAGCAGGAGCUAUACAAAAUCUUACAGCAUGUGAUUGGCAGCCUGCUGUUGAAAGCAGAGCAAUGGUGCGAAAAGAAAAGGGAUUGCCACUACUUGUUGACUUGCUCUCAGCUGAAAGCGACAGGGUUGUUUGUGCAACAGCUACAGCACUGAGGAACUUAGCCAUUGAUGAGAAAAAUAAAGAACUAGUUGGAAAAUAUGCCAUCAGACAACUUGUUAGCAGACUUCCAAGGGACAACCGCAGUAACAUGCCUGAUGAUACAAUAUGUGCCGUAGUAGCUACAUUAUAUGAGGUUGUUAAAGACAACCAGGACUUUGCUUUAGCUUUGGUUCAAGAAGAAGGUCUUCAUCGUUUAAUGCAUAUUAACACAUCAGAAGGGAGAUACCUUGCUAGGACACUCAAAUUUACUCAAACUCUUCUUAAGACAUUAUGGAGUUACAAGGCUUUACAUGCUGAAUAUACAAAAUUAAAAUAUGUCCAAACAGAUUUCACAAUGUCUAAAGCCAAACCAAGACUUGACAACUCUAGAUCUAAUGACAUGUCCAGGACACCUGUCUCUAGUAAUCAUACAACACCAUAUAACACACUAAGUCGGCCUGUAUCUGGACAAGGCUAUGACGACAACACCCUCACACCUGCGCGAGCUCAGCAGCAGCGUGGGUUCUAUAAUGAGCCAGGAGAAAUGGAAAGCUUUAGGCAGGUUAAUCGCAACGAUAGUAAAGAUAGUCAUGGUUAUCCAAGAGAAACUGUUCAGAUGACUGACCUGGCUGCUAAUGACCUUAGUCCAGGCUAUGCCCCUCUUGAUGAGCCCCGUCCACACAGAACUAAAGCACCUGUUGGGGGUGUACCUUUGUUUCCAAACCUUACUCCUGCUGAACCAGCAACCCUCCAGUCUGAACCUCUAUAUGCACAAGUCAACAAAGGAAACCGGCGCCGGAAUGAUCCAUAUGAUUCACAAAUGUUGAACACAGGCUCUACAACAGGGAUACAUCACAACAUGGAUGGUAGUGGAGGAGGAGCAGAUUCCUGGGUUUGAGAUGAUCUAAAACUUUAAUGUACAUACAGCACAUACAUCUACCUAUUUUUAUGAAAAACUACUUUUUAAUACAUUUUUAUGGAGGAAAAAUAUGUAAACUACAAUAAAUGACUUAAAUGUGUCUGUUUUAAUUGUACGUUUUUAUUUGAGCUAAAAACUAAAAUUCUAAUAAUGGUGUUUAAGUUCAACAAAUAUAAGAAGCCAAUCAGAAUAACUCAUCAUGCCUGUCAAACUAAAUAUCUACAAUAAAUAGUCAUGUAAUCUUUUAUAAAACUACUGCCUAAAAUAAAUAAUUCAUUUGAUCAGCUAAUGAUAUUCUUUAUAGAUUUCUAUUUAAAAAAAUUGUUUUCUAUUUAAUGGGUUCAGAUUAACAUCUGAACAGGAAUCUGAUUUUUAACAAUUUAACCUGGUGUUUCUAAUACUUAAUGUAUUGACUGGAAUCUAAUCAAUUAAAUUUUUCUCUUUACCUUUUUGAAAUGUAUGUUGUUUAUCUGUUUUCUGUAAAUAAAUUAGAAAUUCAUUCUACACUUUAAAUAAGAAAAAAAAUACCAUGCCUUGAUAUACAAUUAUUAUUAUAUUAACCACAUAUAAUUUCUGGGUUAUUAAGGCAUACACAAGAAAAAUAUCCCCUUUAUUAAAUAUUUAUUUUAAAAGUUUCAGUUAACCGGCAUUUGAGUAUAUCAAGCGUUCUGACUGAACAUUAAAAGUUCAGAAAAUUUUUCAUAAACUAAAUUCAAAUGGUUUACUUUCCUUUUGCUGUAUUGUUAAAAGUAUUAUACCAAGAGUAAGUUUACUAUUAUGUUUAUUUAAAUGUGUAAAUAUAAGAAUGAUAUAAUAUUGAUAAACCCUGGAGAAUAAUUAUUUAAAAACUACAUAAAAUAACCAAAUAUAUAAAAAUAUUUUUAAAAUUUGUUUUGUGCAUACAAUAUUUGUGUGAAAUAACAUAUCACUGUCUAUUUACAACUAGUAAUAACUUAUUUAGAUAUUCAAGUGUAUUAAACAUUUUUUUAGGUUGCUUCUAAUAUAUAUUUAACAAGUAGAUGCUACUAGACAAUAGUUGUGAGUGAUGACUUUUAAUAUUGAAGUCUUGUGACACUAAGGCUACAGUAGAAGCUUGAUGUGGAGGAGUGUACAGUGUGGUCACAAUUUAAAUUGUUAUAAUGUUGUAUCUCUUAUCUAAAAAAAAAAGAAUUGCCCUGUGCUCCAAAUUAAUACUUUAACUUAUUAGUGUUAACUUUUUUAUGUAAAUUUAUGUACUGAGACAAAACUCAAGGUUAGUGUAUAAUGCACAUAAAAAUGUAAAAACAAUGAGACAUUGUACUUAAUUUGAUACGUUAUUUUUAAAAUCUUUUUCCUAGUAGUUGACUUUGUAAUUACUUAUUGAUAUUUAUUCAUUCAUUAGAGGAAUAUUUUUAUCAAAGAAAUGUAGAUAAUUAUUGAAUUUUGUACAGUGUGAUUUUUCAUUUGUUUCAUAGUAAACAUUUUCUCUACUUUAUGCUAAUAAAAAAUGUGUAUAUUCAGGAAUUAUGCUUUGUCUUAUGGGUAAUAUUUGCUGUAUAAAUUAAAAAUAACGCAGGUCUUUGAAGAUAUUACAAAUUAAAGAAAACAUCGAGCAUUGUUGUGGCUACAAAAACAGUCAUCUGAUAAUGAAUCCUUUUUAACUGGUUUGCAAGUAUUUGUGAUAUUUUGUCUUCAUUCAUGUUCCCGUAAAGAAUUUAAUAAAUUUGAAUAACAGAUGCUUUAGCUCUAUAAAGUAUAAUCUACAAUGUCAGUUAUGUUUUUUUCUGGAAUAAAUGACUAAAUGGAAUUGUGGCUGUUCAUAAUCUUUUAGCUAUGAUUCUAGAUUUUAAUUUAUUAACAGCUUAAUUUUUUUUACCAGAAGAAGUUGUCAGUUAAAAUCAAUCAAGAAAGCAAACCAAGCUUUGGCUGGGAAGUGUCUGUAAUACAUUGAUUUUGUGAUAAUUAUUUGCUUGUUCUGCACUAUUGUGGUUAUCUUAGAAUUUAAUGCAUACAAUUUUUAACUAUCCUUAUAAUGACUUAGCUUUCCAACAUUUUAACAUUAGCAUGUCAAGUAUUAAAUGUGUUCUCCAUAGUCAACUUCAGACUUUACUCCAUUUAACCAUCAUAUUAUACAAGGGGUCAUUCAUAUAAAACUGCACUUUCUGAAGUGCUGGACUAUUGAUAGUGAAAAGUUCAGAAAGUAUGACAUCAAACUUUGUUUGCAUUUAAAAAAUUCUGAUUGUGGCUGCUAUUUUGCAUUUAUAUGCACUUUCUUGAAAAUAGGUAUAUUUUGCAAUUUUAAUAACUAUCUUCUUCUGCUCAUUUGAUGUUUGUGAAAACAAAGUGAUUAAAAAACAACAACAAAAACUUGGGAGUUGAGAAAAUAAGCUGAAAAUAAGAUAUUUGACAUUUAUUUCUCCAGCUGUUAAAUGUCAUUUGUGAUGACCCCCAUAAUCUUUACAUUAUUUAGCCUGUUUCACACAUAUUUGUGCUAUGUUAUACUUAUAUUUUGAUGAGACUGCCACACAAUUUCCAUUAUUUAUUCAAACAAUCAAUUGACUUGUACAAAAUAUUAGGCAACGACAAUGUUUUUUAAAAACAAAUUUCAUAUUCAUUUAUUUUGGUUGUGGUAAUUUUCAUUUUGAUUAUCUAUAAAUAUUUUUUUAUUUACAAGGUGUCUUUUGCAGUUAGAAUGACAUUUUUUAUAGAAGAAACCUUGUUUCUAAUGAAAUUGUGAACACAUUUUGUUAUGUACAAUGCUAUCAAUCUUUCUAACUACUGACAAGCUUGUGUAUAUAGUAUUUUAUAAAUAUAUACAAUUCCAGAUACUUUCAGAUAAUAAAGUAACAAUGCAAAACUGA